AUGUUUUCUUCGGAAACUCUCGUUUCUCCCUUGGCGGCUCGUUUGCUGCUAACUGGCUCUGCUGAUCUGCCCAAGGUUGCGGGAGCUUCCUCCGGGUCAUCUCACGCUCGGCGUGUGACCUUUGGAGAAGUGACCAUUGACAACUACCCUAAGUGGAUUGGCCCUGCGUCCGCUUGGGAGGAGUCACCCUGGUGUCGGGCUUCUUGGGUUCCUGUUGGUGAGUGUGAGGAGGAGUCGGACUGCGAAGAUGACCCUCUCGAUCUCUUGACGGAUUUUAUCCCAUACGGUGGUGUUGCGGAGAGCGAGCCAGUGGUGGUCGCUCCCCGGCAAGAGGAUGGGGUGCUCACGGGUAUGCCCGGAGCUUACCCGCAAGAGGAGGAUCCUGAGAUCGAUGGUGAUUGGAGUCCUUUGGUCUGGACAUGCUCUUUGAUAGCCUCUGUCGUGCGUGUUUCUGCUCGCGUUCUUGUUGGUGCUGGUGUUGCUGCUGUUGGUCUUCUUCGUCGUUUGUGGUGA